UCAAGGCAACUCUUAAAAAAAAUGUUGCCAACGGAACUGUAAUAAUCCAAACUAAUCUACUAGCACACUAUCUGCAACACUAAACACGCUGGCGGCGACAAUAUACAGCGACUUCAUCUCGCCAUUCUUCCCCAGCACCUCUCUGAGAUCCAAAGAAGGCUGCGUAUUAAAAUUGAUAGUCAUUCUAACAGGUCUUAUAUGCACGACUCUAAUUCUUUUCAUCGAACGCAUGAGCGGUAUACUUCCUUUCUUCAUGUCGCUACUAGGGUUAGUUUCCGGAAUAUUCGUGGGGGUGUUCUCGCUCGGUAUGGUUUUCCCAUUGGCGAACGCAAAGGGGGCAUUUUGGGCGAUGGCUGUUUCGUUUCUUACCGUUGGCAGCAUCACCAUUGGUAAUCAAUGGUACACCUUACAAGGAGGAAUUGAGAGCUUUGCCAAGCCGGUUUCGAUAGACAACUGUUCUAUUCCAAUCAAUGUGACAGCAACAAGUGGUCACUUAUUGCAGCCCCCAUUCAUCCUGUUUCGUCUAUCGGUGUGGUACAUUUCCGUAAUAAGUUUAGUAUUGGUAAUUGCGAUUGGUUUAUUAGUAAGCUGGGUUACAAAGCGUGACGGUGACGUCGUGGAUCCUGAGCUCUUAAGUCCAUUGCUUAUAAAAAAAGAUACGAAAAUUGAGAGGAUGCAGAAGUACUUGCCCGGCCAGCCUUACUGUGAUACUACCUACAAUUUUGAUACACCAACACUCAUAUAACGCAUAUAAGUCGACCACACUAGUCGUAGACAUUCUGUGAAUCUUUUGUACUGUAUAGAAGAAAAAUAUAGAAAGGAGAAGUUUUUCA